AGCAAUGUCUGUGCAGCGCACAAAGUUCGGUCUUGCGGGGAUAGUUCUGUUCACCUUUUUGCUCUAUCCAAAUUCGCUGGAAGCGAUCGAAGUGAUGUACGAGUCCUUUGAGCAGAUCAACGGUACCGAUACGGUUGAGUUUCGCACACGCGUGCGAAAAGUGAACCGCACCACGGCUGCUCUCGAUGGCGAGAUUGAUCUCAAGAAACCGUUGACCAAUGAUUACAAGAUCAAGCUGGACUUUUUCCACAGUCCGCUCGGAAACCAGCAGUUCAAUUACUACCCGAUGAAAAUCCCGCCGUCCGGGAUGUGUGACUUUACCAAAAACACCUGGCCAAACUAUGAACAGUACUACAGGAGCGCCGUGACGAACACCAUACGCGUUGGAGAGUGUCCGGUUGAGCCGAGGGUGGCCAACAUAAGCAACCACUUGCUGGUUCCGCAGAUGUUUUCCGACUACGCCCCGACUGGGCUGUGGAAGGUGCACGUGGUUGUGCAAACGGAAGCGGGAGACGGAUUUUUCGCGAUUUGGCACAUGAAAAUCUACAGCGAUGGGCACUUUGGGUGAUGAUACUUAGACUUCAUGGCUAUGGUGUUUUGUGAAUCUUGCUUUGUUCAAAUAAAAAAUCAUGUAAUGCAAAAUAAGAACUGUUCCACCCAAUAUCUCUGUAAUCCAAUUAUUC